AUGCAACAAGAACCAGUCUUCAUAGAAAGAGAUAGCACGAAUAGCAGCAACUCAACAGAUGAUGAUAAUUCAAUGAAACCAGCGUCUUAUCAAUCCAGUUAUUCGUCAAAUUCAACAGAUAGCGAUCCAAUCAAGUGCUAUAACAAACUCAAAAGACAAGGUUCGAGAAGUUCUAUUAUACCAACCGAAGAAGCAGUGGGAGGAGGGACAGUAACAACAAAGGAUACAAAAGCAGAUUCUGGGACUUGGUUACAGCAUAAAAAGCAUUUCUUCAUUUUGAGUAGUGCUGGAAAACCAGUGUGGACAAGAUAUGGAGACGAAUCUCGAUUAUCUUCUCUCAUGGGCGUAAUUCAAGCUAUUAUAUCUUUCUUCCAAGAUGGGGACGAUACGAUAAAAUCUAUCAAUGCUGGGCAUCAUAAAUUUGUGUUUUUGUUGAAAGAACCUCUUUACUUUGUGUCAGUCUCCAGAACAGGUGAAUCUGAUAGUCAGCUUCGUGAUCAAUUAUUGUACUUGCAUAAUCAAAUCAUCAGCGUCUUAACCAGCGUGCAAUUGACCAGGAUUUUCGAGCAGAGGGUCAAUUUCGACUUGAGAAGACUGUUAGGAGGAACUGAAGUCUUUCUAGAUAGCUUGUCGACAUUGUUCAACAACGACCAUAGUUUCAUGUUAAGUGGAUUACAAUGUUUACGUUUGAGUAGAUCAGUUAGAGAUCAAGCUGGUGGAAUUUUAACGGACGGAAAGGUCAAGAAUUUGUUAUACGCCAUGGUGGUAGCAGAUGGAAAACUAGUGACAUUACUGAGACCUAGGAAGCACAGCUUGCAUCCGUCGGAUCUGCAUCUGUUAUUCAACAUGCUGACAGGAUCUACGACAUUCCACACAGCCGAAUCUUGGACGCCGCUUUGUUUACCCAAAUUCAACUCGAGAGGGUUCUUGCAUGCUUACAUAUGCUACAUUGAAAAAGGGGUCUCCAUUGUGGUGAUCAGCACAGACAAGAACAGCUUUUUCGAGAUUAGUGAGUGGAAAACCAAGAUAGUGGAAGCCAUGCAGAAAAAUGCAGUGUUGGAAAACGUCAAGGAAGCAUCCGAUAGACUCUACAUGGUUGAAGAAAUCCAAAUACCCUCUUUACUUCACUUUAUGUACAAAUCCAAGGUGCAUGUCCAAUUCACCACACCUGGAUUCAGUGGAUCCUAUACCAACGAUAUCAAUAGAAGAAGACUAUUUAGACUUUAUCAACAUCGACAGGGAAAUUUUAUUAGGAUGGAUUACUUCAUCGUUUGA